CCGAGGACAGUUAAACGCAACGCAACAUUUGACAGCACGAGAACAAACAUGGCGCCUAUGGGAGAGAGUGCCGUCAAUACCUUCUCCUCUCCUCUCCUGUCUCUGUCAGCUGUCAGAAAAGAAACUGGCUGGGUGAGGAUUAGCAAGUAGUGACUGCGAUCAGCUGUUGGCCUAUAUCCAUCUUUGGUAGUUUUCCCACCUGCUUUUGGCGAUGAGGAGGCGGCCUGUGAGAUAGGACUGAAUCCCCUGCCACAACUGCUUUAGACUACGCACGAACAGUUUGGCUUUGUUUCCUCCUCACUCAAGCGAUAUGUUAAAAAGGUGAACACCCUGCCAACCAGCCUCUCGCUCUCAUUUAGUCAUCAUUCCCACUUGCUACUGAUGUCAUCAUCACCCAUGAAGCCCUGUCCCAUGUCUGGACUUUCCAAAACACUGGAUUCUCUUUCCAUGUCUUCCUUUUUAUCUGAGGAGUUAGACGAGGAUGGGCUUGAAGACGGCCAGAACGAGGAUGGUUUUAGAGACCUUGAAGUGAACCCAUAUGAUGGUCUGCCUUUUUCUUCUCGCUACUACACCCUCCUGCAAGAGAGGCAACAACUUCCCAUAUGGAAGUUAAGGAAGAAUCUAAUGGAGCACCUGGAUAGUCACAACAUGGUGCUACUGAGUGCACCCAGUGGAGCCGGAAAGAGCACUCAGGUGCCACAGUGGUGUGUGGAAUAUGCUUUGUCAUAUGAAUUCUCUCAAGGCCUGGUUUGUUGCUCCCAACCUUAUUCAGUGGCAGCGGUCAGUCUGGCCCUUUGUGUGGCCGAUGAGAUGGACCUCAGCUUGGGUCUGGAGGUGGGCUACGGGGUGGCUCAUGAUAACAGUUGUACACCAGAUACCUUGCUCAGGUUUGUCAGCGACACGCUCCUGCUUGAGGAAAUGAUGUCCGAUCCCUUGUUGCAUCAAUAUGGCAUCGUGGUUUUGGACGAGGUCCAAGAGCGCACCGUAGCGACGGAUGUGCUGCUUGGGCUGCUGUGCGACGUCUGCCGUCAGAGGCCAGAUAACUUCCACGUGGUUCUUCUGACUCACCCGACUCUCGCUCCUCGGCUUGCCUCCUUCCUGGGUCCUGCCGUCCCUCACCUCUGCAUGGGCAGCCUCCAAUCAGAGGCACCUACAAAUGGACAAGAAAAGGAAGGUGUGGUAGAAGAGGAGAGGAACUCUAUCAACCAGAACAAAAUGGAAAUUAUGUAUCAGGAGCUUCCAUCUCAGAAGGACCCUGUGAUUGCUGCUUCUCACAUGGUUCUAGAUCUUCACCGAAAAGGAGAGGAGGGAGAUAUGAUGGUGUUUCUUGCAAGUGCACAGGAAAUAGACGAAUGUGCUACACAGCUUGAAGCACACCGUGCAUCCCUAAGUCCUCACGUUGGUUCACUCAAGCUCAUUCCCCUCCACACUGGACUGGGUGCGCUGACUCAACGAGUGUACAACACUGAAGUGUCCACGCAAAAGGAGAAUGAUGGGUUGGAGGGAAAGGACAGCACAACACUGGGUGUGGCGGAAGAGCCAGCGAUCCAGAGGAAAGUCAUUCUCACCAAUAGCCUGGCUGAGUCUUCCUUCUCCCUCCCAGCCAUUCGCUAUGUCAUAGACACAGGCCUUCAACUCAAAACUGUUUACAAUCCUCAGAUAAGAGCAAACUCACAAAUGCUGAAGACAAUCAGCAAAACACAGGCAGACAUGCGAGCUCAAAGAGUGAAUAGCAAACUUCCUGGACUGUGUUUGCGCCUGUACUCCCAGUCUAUGUAUGAUAAGGGCAUGGGGGAAGCUCAUUGUCCUGGCGUAAUGGAGGAAAAUCUUAGCCACUUAGUCUUGUUGCUCAAGAGACUGGACAUUGCCGACAUGGGUCAAUGCAAAUUCCUAGACAGACCAGCCCCAGAGGCUUUAAUGCAAGCCUUGGAGGACUUAGACUACCUAGCAGCACUGGAUGACGAUGGUAACCUAUCAGAAGUGGGCAUCAUAAUGUCAGAACUGCCGCUGGAGCCGCAUCUGGCUAAAGCCCUGAUAGCAUCUUGCGAAUAUGACUGCGUUGAUGAGCUGCUCACUAUCGCUGCUAUGCUGACAGCUCCUUCCUGCUUCUUGAGGCCGGAACCAAACAGAGAGGAGGCUGCCCUUGCUCAUUGGCGACCUCUAAUGCACAAUGAAGGCGACCACAUGUCUCUCAUUAACGUUUACAAUGCCUACAUGGAACAAAAUCAAGAUGAGGCAUGGUGCACGACACACUUCCUGAACCACGUGGCCUUGCGGCUGGCUGUGGUCAUCAGGGCCGAGCUGCUGGAGGUCAUGCAGCGAAUUGAAUUGCCUGUGUCACACCCUGCUUUUGGUUGCCAGGACAACUGCACAAAUAUCAAGAGGGCUCUCAUCUCAGGCCUCUUCCUUAAAGUGGCUCACGAUGUGGAUGGUUCAGGUAACUACCUCCUGUUAACUCACCGCCAUGUGGCUCACCUGCACCCUCUCUCGUCAUACCUGUGUCGUCAGCCCUGUCCCGCCCCACCUGCCUGGGUUCUCUACCACAAAUUCACUAUCUCCUGUGACAACUGCAUACGCAUCAUAUCUCAGGUCCACCCACAGAUGCUUGUGGAGCUAACACCUCAGUACUUCCUGGGAAACCUUCCCUCUAGUGAUGGCAAGGAGCUGCUCAUCAAGCUGAGACAGAAUACACAGCCUUACGGUUACGAACGAGAUGGAGUAAUGGACGCUCGCAGCAGGACCCACAAAGAAACUGACACUGAUGGAACGGGAGAUGCUCAAAAUCAGUCUGGCACUGAGCUCUGUGUUGUUCAAUGAAUACUACAUGUGGGUAAUGUAGUGAUGUGCUUUAUCUUAAACUGGGCGUUUAUCAUUUACUGGUACAGGAAAACACUAAUAGAUUUUAAUGAUAAGUUCUCUAAUGAUUUUGGAAGAAUGCACACCUUGUGUCUUUGUCCUUAUUGCAGUGUACUGUACUGUUAACUUAUUUAUAGAAUUCUGUCAACUUUUAAAGAAACAACGUUAUUUUACUUUUGAUAUUGAUAGGGGAUUUGUUUCUUUCCAUUUGUUCUUCAGCAUAUAUUCCAUUUGGAGAGUAUUUGUAGAGAAAGGGAACCUGAUAAUAUUUAAAUUAACCAUAGUCAUUUCUCAGAAUAUGCAGUGUGUGGUAAUGCACAAAAAUGUCUCCAGACUAUAUAUAUAUAUAUAUAUAUAUAUAUAUAUAUAUAUAUAUAUAUAUAUAUAUAUAUAUAUAUAUAUAUAUAUAUAGGGGUGUAACGAUUCAUCGAUACACAUCGAUGAAUCGAUAUAUUGCUCUACGAUUUAUUGGCAUAGAUGCUAAACGUAAACAUCGAUUUAUAUCGCCGUGUUUGACCUCGGACAUUAGACGCGACUUUAUUUUGAAAUCCAGUUCAUUGUUGCUUGCUUCCUCUUUCCGGGAGCAGUGCGCGGCGUUGUUGUGUUGUGAGCAGAGCAGGCACGUGAAAGGGGAGUCGACAACUAGUACGCGGCUCCUGGGCUGGUACUAUGGCUAGUGUCCAAAAAGACGAGGAAAUUUGCUCCCCUUUAGGCUUCAAGUCAUUCGUUUGGAAGCACUUUGGAUUCCAAAGAAAAGAUGGCUCAACGGACAAGACACGUGCAGUUUGUAAAUCCUGCCAUGCGGUGAUCAAAUAUUCAGGGAGCACAAAUCUCGCCGCACAUUUAAAGAUAAAACACGACAUCAAAGUUCAGUGUUAAAAUAAGCACUUUGUAUACUACAAUACUCUUGUAAUUUCCUAAAUAAAGAGUUUGCAGUACCUUGUUGAUGUUGCGUAUGAAUUGUUAUAAAUCAGGAUAUUGUUCUAUAUUUUUUAUUUAGAAAAAAAAAAAUCAAUCGAAGAGCACUAUAUCGUGAUAUAUCGUCAAUGAAUCUACAUGAAUUUACACCCCUAAUACAUAUAUAUAUAUAUAUAUAUAUAUAUAUAUAUAUAUUUUUUUUUUUUUUUUUUAAUACUUCGAUACUGUUUGUAGAGUCUUUGAGAAUUCUACCUUGCUUUUUAUCUGGCACUUUGGAAAUAAUGAAACACCUCUGUUUACAGACUCCUAUUGAAUUGGAUGCAUCUGUAGGUAUUGCAGGGCUCAGAUAUUUAAGUCUUAAGAUCAUGUAAGUCAUGACUUCAAAAAUAAGGCCUGAUUUUUAAUGAAAAUGUCUUAAAUCAUUCUUUCUUAAGAAGUGUUAACACAUGGUCAGUAGAAUUGUAUGCUUGUAAAUAGUCUCAAAUCUAGAUACCGUUUUUUUCCAUGUAUAAUGCGCCCCCAUGUAUAAUACGCACCCUAAAAAUGGCAUGUUGAUUCUAGAAAAAAGCCUGUACCCAUGUAUAAUACGCACCCAAAUUUUGACUCCUACUUAAGUCCGUAAACGUAAAAUUAUUUCAGAAAAAAUAUCAUCUUUGGGAACAACCGGAUGUUAUUCUGCCGGUCAGUAUCACUGCGCAUGCGGUAGCAAACUCGAUAGCGAAGAAAUGUUUCGGAUUUGUGUAGAGUACAUUGUGACAGCAAACGAGCAGGUGAUCGAGCAAGCGUCUGAUACGAGAGCAUUGUGUUCGUAUGGAGCGUGUUUGAAGUGAACAGCAGAGAAGAAAGCGCAUCUGUAAUGGUGGCCUCUGUAUCAUAUCCGGAUUAAAAAAAUAAAUAAAUUCUUUCUUUUUUUUUUUGUACCCAUGUAUAAUGCGCACCCCAGAUUUUAGGACAAUAAAUUAGUACUGUCACAUCUUUUGGCAACAUGGAA